GAUAUCGGGGUACUUGUUUUAAUAUGCACUGAAUAAUUGUAUUCUCUUUUAUCUCAAAAAAAGUUGAAGAAACUAGGCAGGAUAUAAAACCAGUGCUAUUUGAAACAUAUUGUAUACUUAUCACGGUCUAUUUUGAAUAGUCUUCAAUAGAAUCGAAUGAGAGGAGGUUCUAUGUUCGACGGGUACUAGGAUUUUUUUUUAUGUAUGGUUACUGAUUUCUCUCUAACUGUAAUCCAAUUUCAAAAAGUCUCCUAUAAGUUUUUAUCGAAAUCGGGUUAGCAGUUUAAUUUUUUUUUGAAAGCGUUAUGCCUAAUACCAAAAAUACUUCGAUGACAUAUGGUAUCUAUGUCACCGAAGAAAGUAAAAGAUCGUCUAUUUCGCUUUCAUGCUUGCUGCAUGCAUACCAAGAAACUGCUUUGUAGUUUGGGAGAUGCAGGUUGAUAAAAUAACAGAACUAAUUAAUAAUCAAUAUGAUAAAUUGAUAAGUGCCAACAGUUUUUCAUACUUCACUAAAAAUAUAUAUAUAUAUAUAUAUUUUUUAUAUAAAACGACUUCAGAAACGUUACUUAUUUAGUAUAUUUUUUAUUAUUUUAGUUUGUAGUUUUUAAACAUUUAUGAUUUAUGUUCCAAUAAACUCUAAUUUCUUGUUAAAUUUCAUCUAUUGCUUCUGAGUUCUAGUACCUAACAUUAGUUUCAUUGUAAAUAUUAUUUUAUGAUAAAUUCUGAAUAUUUUGUAAUAUUAGAAUAAACUAUGCACUUUACUUGAAUCACACGCAAGUACAUAACUCAUUUUAACGUGAAACACACACAACACAGCACACUUGCGUUAAAAUAAGUUGCGAUAACCUUCGUAAUGGUUUAUGAGUUUUCUUUAAAUCCUACGGAAAUAAUUUAAUUUUAAUGAUAUUAAGUGGAACAAAGAGUACUUAAUUAAAUUAUAAUUGAUUAUUUAAGUCCAUCAAUUGUUUUCAUAUUAAAUCGUAGUCGGUUAUUCUUAAUUUUUUGUUGAAUUAUUAGUAUUGAUAGUUUGAAUAAGGAUUUAAUUUUAAUAAAAUUGUGGAUGGUUAUUGAAAAUUUAAUUGAAUACUUAACUGCAAUUUGAAUAAGUUAUCGUCUUCCUACCAAGUAAAAUUUGUAUUAUAUUAUACUAAUCUUUUUUUCCUAAGUUGUGAUAAAUGUAAAUGAUUUUACGUAGAUAUCUACUUAACUAUAGGUAUAAUCACGUAAAACUUAUUAAGUUGUUGAUUCAUUUUUCAAUACUGGAUAUGAAAGAAAAUUAUACGACAGCUUUUUUAUAAUACUUAUUUACUUUUGAAGUAAAUACAAGUUAUAAAAUCAUUCUUCUAAAUCUAAAUAAACAUUACGUUCCUACAAAAAACUGUCGGCGGCUAAAUCAAUGAAUCAAAUUGACACAAAACCUUGACCGAUCUGUGCGUUACACCUUUAAGUUAUUACAGAUCUAUCGAUGCAGAACCAAUAUUAAUACUCAUCUCUAUGAAAAAAUCAUCCUUGCCGGUUAAUUUUGUAUAGAGGCUAUAUAAAACUGAACAGAUGGCAUGUAUGUCAGUGUCGCAACCUACUUCGAUUGCUCAAGAGUAAGAAAAAAAUCGGAACAUAAUGCAAAAGAAAUUAUGUUUCGUGUUAUCAUUGACCAUUCUUCGUUAUUGGACCGAAGCAUCGCCAGUGAACCUAGGCACUCUGGAAUUCGAUAGACUAGAUACAGAUUUGGACGAUCUAAAGUAUGAAGUAGAAGAAGAAAACUAUGAUGACUUCUCGAAAUUUCUAGACGAGCCAGAUGCAGCGAAAAGUAACAGUAAUCUCAAGAAUGAUAAAUCUAAAGCUAAACUAAAAGGAUCUGGUUUCAAGAAAAAUGCCACAAGUAGCAAAGGAUUAAAGAGUAAUCACAACAUACAAGACUUGAAAAAAUUGUUUCAAAUAAUAGGAGUCAAAGAUCAGGGGUCAUUCAAUGAUGAUGAAAUAUAUGCAGCAGUUGAAGGAUUAAUUGGAGAAGCAGUUGGUGCUAAAGGAAAAGAAGAAAGAAAAUAUAAGAAAGGUACAAAAACAAAAGGGUUCCAUCGUGUCCAUCACAAAGACGAAUAUAAAAAAGAUAAAGAGUUUUACGAAGAUGAUGAGACCACAGGUUCCAUACAGAAGGUUGGAGGGAAGGCAGUAGGAUAUAAAAUUGGUGGCGGUGUAGGGUUUGAUAAAGGACAUUUUCACCAUGAUCGACAAAAAGGGAUUUUUGGAAAGCAAGGAUACUUGGAUAAAGGAUUUACGAAUAGAGACUACAGUGGUUAUACCGACGAUCAAGGUUUCGAAGGGUCUUACGAUAAUAGUAAUUGAAUGAUUUAGGUAUAGCUAAUUUAAUUGGAACCCGACGAACAUCAUUCAUUUUAUAGUAAACAAUCAUGUAGAUAUAAAUAUUUAUUUAAAUCAAAUACUGUAGAAAUAAAAUUUACAUGUAUAUUAUUUAUGUGUUUCUUUUUCCUCGCCUUCUUUUUCGAAAACCUCCGUGGUCGAGUGGCUCGCACGUUUGUUUCAAGGUGUCCCCAUCUCAGUGGUACCGAGUUCUAUUCUCAAUAGUGGAAUAUUAUGUUUUCUGUAGUUUCUUAGGUCUGGGUAUUGUUAUACCUUGGUUAUUUCAGAUACUCCAUAGUACAAGCGCAUUAGCUACUUUUUAAUUAAUAGUUACAUUCUAAAUAGGUCGCCAUGCAUAAUGAAAUUUAUUUUCAUUUGUAUUAAAUGCACUCCAUUUAACAUACUACCUGAAUCAUUUUAAGCGUAAAACGGAAAUCGGGAAGGUACUUUCGAUAACACCAUAAUUUUUAAUACCUAUUGAAGAUGAAAUUUUUAUACAGACUUACUGUUACUUUUGGCGGUGAGUACUAAAUGAUUUAUUCAUUAUGUAAAAAAUAUUAAGUUAAGAGAGUAAGUAAUUAAUUUAAAAUAAAAUAAUGAUUAAUUUUCUUCAAAACAGUGAAGCUACUUCAUGAUUGUGAUAAGCUUGUAAAUGUUUGUUUUGAAAAGGGGGACUGGACGGUCUUCUUAAUUUUA